AGACGCCUUGACUGACGAACAUCUUUACUCACGAUUAAUAUCCUUUAUUACGGGCACUUGACAGUAGACAGUCGGAACUCCUCGAUUUAAUUACCAUCUGUGUUUCAAACCGGCCAGGUCAGAACGUGUCCCGUUUGAGGCUCGAACCUUCGACAUUCUGCUCCACGCCAAUAGAUUGCCAAAGUAAAUCUUCAUUAAAAGCAUGAGCAGCCAUCAUCGUAAGCACUUGGCCAACUACCUGGCUUCCAAGAAAUCUGGCCAGCAAUCUAGCAAGAGUGCAUCUAGCAGCAAUGGCAGAAGUCCUGGGAAGUACAGUGUUCUGCCAGAUAUAUCAACUUUGAGUGUCAAGGCCAAGAAGUUCUCAGCUAUGAACACCAGAUCUGCACACUCCCAGACCCAGCCUAGGGUACUAACAAGAAAAUCUGGAAAAGAUGGCAUUCUUGACCUGCCAGAUGAGUUGGUGCUGACGAUAUUCAGUUAUCUCAGUGCUAUGGACCUGAUCUCAGCCUCGCAGGUCUGUUCUCGCUGGAACCCUGUUGCUAAUGACAAUGUCCUGUGGGCCUCAGUCUAUGAGACAUAUGGUGACAAAGGAGAAGCAAAGAAGGGAAAAGAUGACACCACAAACUACAAGAGGCAAUGUCUUAAAAGCUGUGUUCAGAUGAGGAAUCGCCAGUGUCAGCGACUUAUAAAGAAGAUUAACCCCUUCACUGGGUUGCCAAGAGAUACGGAGAAAGCUCUCAGGGCUGCAGGCGUGACUUUCCAGCUAUCUUUGGUGGAUAGAUCUGACAAGGAACGAGUCCUGGAGAGCAGAGAUAUGUUCGUCCAUCAGAUGUCGUUCACUGUUCGCUGGUAUGACCUUAAAAUGCCAGCACUGACCUCGCUUAAGUUGCUAAACUUCUACUCCGUGAAUCCUCUGUUCUUCACUGCUGAAGGGAAAGUGGUUUCAAAUGGACCCACCUCGAAGUCACUAUUAGUGCAUGUUGACCUCGCGUGGACCAAGUGGCUACAAUCCAACAAACCUGCUGGCUCAGAUGGCAUGGUCAACAUAUACAACCUACCAGAAGGCUUGGCUAUUGCCACAUGGAAGGAAGAUGGUGGUCUAGCGUUUGUCUGCCUUGGCCUGCACUUUAAUCUGCUGCUACAACGAUGUCUUCAGGGGUCCUCAGUCAGUCCAUUUGAUGUCAACAGACAUACUUUGAUUACGGAUGAUAUAGACUCUGCCUAUGGUUAACAUGAUUACCAGUGUACGGUGGACAUCAGGACAGCUAGGCAGUCAAUAUGGAGUCAACAGUUCUCGAAUCUGUCAUGUAAAAAAGAGUCCAUAGGGGGUUCCCAGUUUGCUGUAUUUCCACUGAUCAGAAAGGAC